GACUGGAGAGCAGGCGGCGUGAGGGCUCUGGGUAGCCGUCCCGGUGGGCACCUGCGGUCCCGGGCGCGGGGGCUCCUUCCAGAGGGAAUGGGACCCUGGCCCCUCCCCCACUUCCUGUGACUGGGCCGGCGGCGGAGGUGUGUGUGGGGAUGCCUGUGAACCGCCAGCAGUCAGACUCCUCGGAGAUGGACUCGGAUGUGUCCCCCAGCUGCGGUCUCAGCGACCUGAGCAGAGGGGGCAGCCUGGACAGUCGAAGCAGCAGCUCCCGCUCCAGGAGUUUGACUUUGGAUGACGAGAGUCUGAAGUACCUGACGCACGAGGAAAAGGAUGUCAUCCUGUUUUUCGAAGAGACCAUCGAUUCCCUGGAAGACGACUUUGAGGAGCAAGUCCUGUGUGACGGCCACUCUCCGGCGUCUUUGGAAGAGCGUGCUUCUGGUCACUCAGAGCCGGGAGAGGUGAUCGACUUAGUGCAGCCAGCACCAGAGGCGGGAGAACCGGAGAGCCUCCCAGCUGGGACAGCAGCAGCAGGGACUGGCCCUGUUGGGAAGGAAGACAUUCCUGUCCUUGAGGGCAGGAAACCAGAAGCCGGGGAUCCUCCCUUGCCAGACCCAGCAACUCCAGAGGCCCCUCCUGUGCCGCCCUCCCCGCCUGUGGCCACAGCAGCCGCGCCCCCUAGGAAAGAGCUGCUGGCCCCGGCUCCCCCUUCAGAGCACCCCAAACUGCCCCGCUCCGUUCCCACUCCCCUGGUAAUCGCUCAGAAAAUGUCUGAGAAGGUGGCAGGGAAUGAAGGGUUUCCACCUGUGUCCCCCUCCAAGGAGAGCAAGCCAGGGGACUGGAGGACACUGCCUUCGGGGGCCCCUCGGCAUGGGGACUCUUUCCUGUGGCACAAACACACAGCCCAGCCCGCGCCCAAGAUCCACCGCUUCCCAAGCAACAUCAGCGUGACCAACAGCGCGGGGAAGGAGUUCAACAAGACCAUCUCCAAAGCAGCUGUCAACGUGCAGGAGCGGAAAGCCCGGGUCUUGGCCAACAUCAAUGGCGUCUCUUUCCUGGCCGCGGGGGAGGUGGAAGACCGGGCCCCCAGGGCUGAGGUUGCCGAGCUAGGGACGCGUGGCCAGAGCAAGCCAGGCCCAAUCCACGAUGCCGCGUCCACGCGGGCGGGCAGCCACACCGGCACUCUGCAGUCCAGAGGCGUGCAGACCGAACAGUGCCCGCCAUUGGCCAAUGGCUUCCAGAGCAUCCACGACGUCCUGAAGAGUGAGCCCAGUGCCUUCGUCUCAAUGGGGAAAACUGUCACCUUCCGUCCAGACCCGGCACUGGCCGGCAAACUUGCACGGCAGAAUGCCAGCAGGAGCCUUUAUGAGCACCGGCAGCCGGACUGUAGCCAGGAUGCCAGGAAGCGGUCAGGGUCGCUGCCCAGGGCUGUUGGGUUUAGGCCCCAGGGUAUCACUGUCCAGUUCUCUGGUCGUGGCUCCACGGAGGAGGCCCGCCGGGAGGCCCUGCGCAAGCUCGGCCUUCUGAAGGAGAACUUGUGAUGGAGGGUGGGGUGGGGCUGGAGAGGCAGGAUGGCCAGGCCCAUGUGGCCUAACAACAGAUGUGCCCGCGUGAGGAGCAGUGGCCACGGUCCCAGGGCUGUGCCCUGUGGAGGACAAGAGAUGACAGGUGCCAGGACUCCGCGGUCCAGGCGGAGGGAGUGGGGACAGGAAGUGUGCCCGACUCCACUGCCACGUCCGAGCAGGGCGAUCCUUCUGGGAGAGUCCGGCCUCCUAUCUUGUCUUCCUUUUUCCUGGAGUUCAAAGAAGAGCCCUGAAAACCCUAAAUGCCAUAUCUUUUUUUUUUCUUUUCUUUUUUUUAGAUUUAGAAGGAAAGGGAUUGGAUCUGAUCUGUUUACUUUUCAGUCUCUCAUCUAGACUCUUAUCCCAAGGAGGGGACACCCAAGACAUUUAGAUCUCUUACAUUUAGUUAUCCAUGAAAGGGAUUGCCUCUUCCUUUUCUGAGAAAAUAAAACAGAAAUGCCCGUUCAAUCUUUAUAACAUCUCAGAGCAUCUCCCUUGGUUUUUCUGUUUGUUUCUCAGGGAUAAAUGUUAGUGUGUUGGCCCUAGAUGUGCCUUUGUUUCUGGCUAUAAUUUGGUUUACCCAUGUGUUGCUUUGGGUUUUUUAAAAAUUGAAUAUUGAAAUGAAUCCUUCAGAAUAUGUAAUUUUGAGUUACAGGAAUGGAAUGGGAAGGCUGGAUUUGGAAAAGGUGGUAAUUUUCAGUAAGUCCCAUCAGACUGUGGGGGCUUUGUCACUGGGAGAUAUGUGGGCGAGCAUGUAUGGUGUAUGUACCUGUCUGUAAUGUGUGUUUAUGGAAACUUGUGUUCACACGCACAUAUCUUCGUGAGUCCGCAUCCACAAACGUUGCAAGACCCUGUCAAGUAACUACAGGAUGUAAGCCCUCCUACUCUCUCGAUGGACGCAGCCAGCCGUCGCCGUCGCAGCUACAAUGGGAGAGAUAGAGACUGGAACCUUUAAGGACACAUCUCCAUCAUCUCCAUAAUCAGAGUGCUUCUUACUCACCCAUGGGUCGCUCGGUACCCAGGGAAGGUAAUAUUUCAAGUAGGCUUCCAGAGAAGCAAGAUAGUUCUUUUUUUUUUUUUUAAGUGAAGAACAUUUUUAAGGAUGUAUCCCCUAAUUUUAACCUGAUUUCAAUUUAUCACCCAAUUUUACUUGUGCAUGUUGCAAGGUAGCUAGUGAACAAAAGGAAACAAAAACAUUCUUGAGAUCCCUCGUGUUCUGUGAGCAAGAUCUCAGGAUUAGUUUUAAAGGGGAACGAAACCCCAGCAAGCUAGGUUCCACAGUUCUGAGUACUGCUUUUCUCCCAGACUGUGUGUUACAUGCUGAGUUGUAGCCACAAGCAUGUUAUUAUUAAAACUAUUUAAGGCUGGAGUCUUAAGCCUCUAAAAAUAGACUGGGAAGGGCCCCAACUGCAAGUCACGCCCUUUUGUUAUUAUGUCUCAGUGAGUGUCACAGACUUGGUUGCCUCCUGUUGAGUAUUAUUUAAAUUAAAACUUUUAAAUGUGCCGUAAAGCACAUCUUUCAUAGGGUUCAAUUUGCCUUGUAAGUUACAUAAAUUGAUUGUCAAUUUUUCCUUAGAACUACAGAAUUUAGUGUCUCAUCCAGCCCAUGUCCUCCUAAAAUAAUCUCAUAGAUUCUUGAUGGUCUUAAUUUAAAUAGGUGCUUUCAUUUUACAGGUUUUCAAAAUAGUUUUUAUUGUGUUCCUAUUUAUGUUGGAUUUUGUUUGAAGAAUUCUUGAGGGCUGUAUUACUCUUUCAUAAGGAGAGAUGCCAUAUAGUGUUUAAAAGAGGGUCUUGAUAAGGCUAACAUUUUAAAUAUCCUUUAAAUAUGAGAAUUAUCUCUUGUAUGCUAUCCUAUGACUUCACUGUGAUUAAGGUCAACAUGACUAUAAGUAUAUUUGUUCUCAUGAUGACGGUUUUGAAAAAUAAAUUUAGAGAUUUGUCUUAAGUAGAAA